AUGGAUAUCGUCGAUCGGGACAUGGAGCGGGCUGAGGUCCAGGCCACGCGCCAAUGGUCUCAUGAAAGUAAAGAGCGCCGGUCAUUGCGCAGCCAGAGAUCUCAGCAAUCGGUCAUUUCCAGCUCUUCGGGUUCCAGCACAUCCACCGCCCCCGAUAUGGGCAGAAUAGCCACUGCCGGAGCCUCAAGCGCGACAGUACCUUCCGCGAGGGCUGUAAGAACGAGGACACACCCCAUCGAAGACCUUAGGACGGAAACACAUCGUUUGCAGCAAAUUCAGACUGUGGGGGCAAGUGUAAAGUCAAAGGCCGACACCAAACCUCUCCCCGAAUUCGGCGGUGGAAAACCAUAUCCUCCCGAUCUACCGGCGCAGGAAGAGUACGUCGUAGAGUUCGACGGCAAAGACGAUCCUCUCCAUCCUCAAAAUUGGCCCUUUCGGAGAAAGUUAUACAUGGGCGCAAUUCUGGCUUAUGUCUGCUUGUGCAGCACCUUCACUUCCUCUAUUUUCUCCGCAUCCACCUUCAGUGUGGCCGCUCAUUUCGGAGUCAGUGCCGAAGUGGCUACCCUUAGCACAUCCCUCUACGUCCUGGGUUACGCGUUCGGUCCGCUGAUAUGGGGUCCUUUCUCAGAAUUGCAAGGUCGAAAACUCCCCAUCCUGAUCGCAAUGUUCGGCUUCUCAGUCUUUUGCUUUGGUUGUGCGACAGCCAAGGAUCUCCAGACGGUCAUGAUCACCAGGUUCUUUACCGGAUUUUUCGGUUCGUGUCCAUUGGCUGUCGUUGCCGCCGUAUUUGCCGACAUGUUUGACAACACGCAAAGAGGCACCGCGAUUGUCAUCUUCUCCUCGAUGGUUUUCAUGGGACCAAUGCUAGGACCAUUCAUUGGAGGUUUUAUCAACAAAUCUUACCUCGGAUGGCGCUGGAACCUUUACAUUCCGGGUAUUAUGGGCUCAGCGGCCGUAUGCCUGGUCUUUCUCUUCAUCCACGAGUCCUACGCCCCAGUCGUCCUGGUGGGUAAAGCCGCCGAACUGCGACGCCGAACUAAGAAUUGGGGCAUCCAUGCGAAGCAAGAAGAAGUUGAGGUGGACUUCAAAGAACUCAUCACUAAGAAUUUUUCUCGUCCGAUUCGACUGCUGAUCUCGGAGCCCAUCAUUCUUGCCAUCACCUGCUACAUGUCAUUCAUUUAUGGCCUGUUGUACUGCUUCCUGACGGCCUACCCUCUAGUUUUCCAGGGCGUCCACCACAUCACUCCUGGUGUGGCGGGCUUACCAUUUUUUGGAAUGGUCUGUGGAAUCUUUAUUGUCGCAGGUUAUAUCAUUUGGGAUUCCAAGGCCUAUAACAAGAAGCUUGCGGCCAAUGGCGGAAUUCCAGUCCCAGAGUGGCGCCUACCACCGGUCAUGAUCGGUGGAGUGCUGUUCGCCGCUGGUCUUUUCUGGUUUGGCUGGACAGGCUACAAGGCAUCGAUCCAUUGGAUUGUUCCGACCCUGUCUGGACUGUUCACCGGGUUUGGUCUGUUGGCUAUUUUCAUCUGUUGUUUCAACUACAUUAUCGACUCGUACCUCAUGUUUGCUGCCUCUGCCAUUGCGGCGAAUACCUUUCUGCGAUCGUGUCUCGCAGCAGGAUUUCCGCUUUUCGCGCGCCAAAUGUUCGACAACCUCGGUAUUGAGUGGGCCGGCACGCUUCUUGGUUGCAUAGCUGCUCUCUGCGUCCCGAUCCCCGUGUGCUUCUACUUCUUUGGCAAGAAGCUCCGCCAAAGAUCCAAAUUUGCACCGACCAUGGCGAUUCGGAAACCCGUGGACGAAGAGAGUAGCGGCGAAGAGGAUGAACAGGAAACGAACAUGGCCGCUCUGCAUGCUACUCGCAGUCGUGCGCACCACGAUUUGGAGGUGCGGUCGAGGAGAACUCGCACGAACGGUAGUCUAGUGACGACUACCACGGGUGCUGGUGAUCCAGAGAAGAGUGCAUAG